AUGAAGGAAACUAAGAAAGAAGAAAAGUCCUCGGAUGGUGAGAAGAAAGAAAAAGAAUCGGAGGUGAAAGAAGGCAAUGAAAAAGCAAAGAGAGAUAAGAAGGGAAGUGACGAAGAGAAGAAGGAGAGUGAUAAGGGAAAGAAAGGAAGUGAUCAAGAAAAGAAGGGAAGUGAUGGAGAAAAGAAAGGAAGUGACCAGGAGAAGAAAGGAAGUGAUCAAGAGAAGAAAGGAAGUGAUCAGGAGAAGAAAGGAAGUGAUCAGGAGAAGAAAGGAAGUGACCAGGAGAAGAAAGGAAGUGAUCAGGAGAAGAAAGGAAAUGACCAGGACAAGAAAGGAAAUGACAGAAAAGAAAGUGAGGAGAAGGAAAAAGGAAAUGCAAGGAAGGAAAAUGGAAAUGCGGAGAAGGAGAAGGAGGAGGGUGAGAAGGAGAAACAAACCGAUGAGCAGAAAAAGGAAGGUGCCAAGAAAACCGAACAGGACGCAAAAGUGUGUGUUUGUUACGCGUUUUUUGCAGCUAUGCAAUGCAAAAAACGCAUAUUGACGAGGGGUUAUUUGUGUGUGUGUCUGUGCGUGUGUAUGUGUGUGUGUCUGUGUUUCGUCUGUACCGAUUUUUCAUCUCGAGAUCGGCAAAAGCUACAGGGCUGA